ACAUUCAGGUCCUUCGUCGAACACGUCCUGUCAACUACAAGAGUCUCGUCUGCAGUCAUUGUCCUCGCAUUGAAGUACCUGGACCGAAUAAAAGAUAGCCGAAACCUGCUCCCAGCAGAUUCUCCGCUGCGCAGACCGGACUCCGAGCAGCUCGUACUUCUUGUAUCCCUUAUGCUGGCAAACAAGUUCGCAGACGACGAACGGUUCACCAACUCUGCCUGGGCAUCCGUGGCCGACGUCGACCUCGCAAUCGUCAACAGAGCCGAGAUGGAUGCCCUCGAGGCCAUUCGGUGGAAACUCACGGUCGACGAACGCGAUUACACUAAAUGGGUCGAGACCGUUACAAGCCAUGCGCAUCUCGCCGUUCAG